AUGGAUACGGAUAAGUUAAUCUCAGAGGCUGAGUCUCAUUUUUCUCAAGGAAACCAUGCAGAAGCUGUUGCGAAGUUGACAUCCGCAGCUCAGUCGAACCCCAAUGACGAGCAAAUGUCAACUAUUGAAUCAUUAAUUCAAAAAAUCGCAGGAUACGUCAUGGACAACCGUAGUGGUGGUAGUGACGCCUCGCAAGAUCGUGCUGCUGGUGGUGGUUCAUCUUUUAUGAACACUUUAAUGGCAGACUCUAAGGGUUCUUCCCAAACGCAACUAGGAAAACUAGCUUUGUUAGCCACAGUGAUGACACACUCAUCAAAUAAAGGUUCUUCUAACAGAGGGUUUGACGUAGGGACUGUCAUGUCAAUGCUAAGUGGUUCUGGCGGCGGGAGCCAAAGUAUGGGUGCUUCCGGCCUGGCUGCCUUGGCUUCUCAAUUCUUUAAGUCAGGUAACAAUUCCCAAGGUCAGGGACAAGGUCAAGGUCAAGGUCAAGGUCAAGGACAAGGUCAAGGUCAAGGUUCUUUUACUGCUUUGGCGUCUUUGGCUUCAUCUUUCAUGAAUUCCAACAACAAUAAUCAGCAAGGUCAAAAUCAAAGCUCCGGUGGUUCCUCCUUUGGAGCACUGGCUUCUAUGGCAAGCUCUUUUAUGCAUUCCAAUAAUAAUCAGAACUCCAACAAUAGUCAACAGGGCUAUAACCAAUCCUAUCAAAACGGUAACCAAAAUAGUCAAGGUUACAAUAAUCAACAGUACCAAGGUGGCAACGGUGGUUACCAACAACAACAGGGACAAUCUGGUGGUGCUUUUUCCUCAUUGGCCUCCAUGGCUCAAUCUUACUUAGGUGGUGGACAAACUCAAUCCAACCAACAGCAAUACAAUCAACAAGGCCAAAACAACCAGCAGCAAUACCAGCAACAAGGCCAAAACUAUCAGCAUCAACAACAGGGUCAGCAGCAGCAACAAGGCCACUCCAGUUCAUUCUCAGCUUUGGCUUCCAUGGCAAGUUCCUACCUGGGCAAUAACUCCAAUUCAAAUUCGAGUUAUGGGGGCCAGCAACAGGCUAAUGAGUAUGGUAGACCGCAACAGAAUGGUCAACAGCAAUCCAAUGAGUACGGAAGACCGCAAUACGGCGGAAACCAGAACUCCAAUGGACAGCACGAAUCCUUCAAUUUUUCUGGCAACUUUUCUCAACAGAACAAUAACGGCAACCAGAACCGCUACUGA